ACACCGUUGCAUGUGGUGCCCUACAUUAUCUAGGUUGAACCCGCAUCCGCCGUCGAAACUCUCAUGAGCCCUUUAGCUUUUAGUUUUCAACGGCGUAGUCUUAUCUAAUAUGCGUUUCCUAGCAGCCGUGCUGUUUUUACCAACUAUCCUAGGAGAAAAGCUAGUGAUUCGAGAGGUCCAAGAUGCAGUAGCGGCGCAACUAGCACAAUUCAGUGGGUAUACUGGCGACUAUGCUUCAACAACAGUCGACAAGGCUAUUCCCGUGAGCCCUAGAUUCGUGGAGGGCAAGGUUGAAGGACGACAGACAGCUAGCACCUACUGGUAUGAGACAAUAUCGCAUCAAGGCAUAUCGGCCUUUAACACCAACAUUUCGACUUACAAGGUCUAUCGCAAUGUGAAAGACUACGGCGCGAAAGGGGAUGGAAAAACCGACGAUACGGCUGCUAUCAAUAAAGCAAUUAGUGACGGCAACAGAUGCGCUCCAGGAUCUUGUUCCUCGUCAAGUACAACAAAUGCUGUCGUCUACUUCCCGGCCGGAACUUAUAUAGUUUCUUCUUCUAUUAUCGUCUACUACGCAACCAAUCUUAUUGGAAACCCGAACAGUCUACCCAUCCUCAAGGCAACAUCCGGUUUCUCAGGAUUCGGUAUCAUAGAUGGCGCGCAGUAUCAAGCAGGGGGCGCCUUACCUUAUGGCUCCACCAACAUCUUCUGGCGCCAAGUUAGAAACUUUGUCAUUGAUCUGACUUCCAUUCCGGCGGCAACUUCAGCGACGGGGAUUCAUUGGCCCACAGCUCAGGCGACGAGUUUGCAAAAUAUUUUGUUUAAGAUGUCUUCCAAUUCAGGUACUCAGCAUCAAGGAGUAUUCAUUGAGUCGGGGUCCGGUGGUAUCUUGAACGAUCUCGUUUUUGACGGUGGCCUCUACGGAGCUGUGUUCGGGAAUCAGCAGUUCACCGUUCGAAAUCUCACUUUCAGCAAUGCGGUUACCGCUAUAAAUCAGAUCUGGGACUGGGGUUGGACUUAUAAGAGCAUUUCCUUACAGAAUUCAUCGUCUGAUUAUAAACGCGAUCCAGUCUACAACUGCACGGUCGGCCUUGACAUGGCCACUCGUGAUUCCAGUGGCGAAACAGUUGGGUCAGUGACUUUUUUUGACAGCUCAUUCACAAAUACAAAAAUCGCGUUCAAUAUCUCACGGUCCUCAACGUCUACGCCAGCGACAGGGGGUAGUCUAGCGAUUGAAAAUGUUGCUCUUAAGAAUGUGUCAACCGCAAUCCAGUAUGGACCCACUAAAAGCACUCUAUUAUCCGGAACGACAGGAUCGACAACGAUCGCAAGCUGGGUAACAGGAAAUGUGUAUAACCCCAGCGGACCCAAGACUAUCGCCGGCGCGAUUACGCCGCCCACACGCCCAGCUGUUCUUGUGAGCAGCGGCAAGUACUACGAGCGUUCGAAGCCGUCCUAUGCCAAUCUCGCCUCUUCGUCAUUCUCAUCUGUGAGAACUGGCGGUGCUAAAGGCGAUGGUACGACUGAUGAUACUGCUGCUCUACAGAAAGUCAUAACUGCGGCAGCCAGCACCGGUCGCAUCGUCUAUUUCGAUGCUGGCACGUAUAAGGUGACUAAGACCCUACUUAUCCCGGCCGGUAGCAAGAUCGUCGGUGAAGGGUACCCCGUUAUCAUGUCUAGCGGGUCGUUUUUCAACAACAUAAAUGCGCCACAAGUAGUCGUGCAGAUCGGCAAUUCCGGUGACUCGGGGACGGUCGAAUGGAGUGAUAUGAUCGUUUCGACGCAGGGCGCUCAGGCUGGUGCGAUUCUUAUCAGGUGGAACCUUGCGUCGCCGGCUAGUUCACCGAGCGGAAUGUGGGAUGUCCACACGCGGAUAGGUGGAACCAAAGGGUCCAAUCUGUCGCUAGCCAACUGCCCAUCUACGCCGUCAUCUACGACCGUUAACAGCAAUUGCAUCGCAGGAUACAUUUCCAUGCACGUAGCAAAAUCCGCCGCGCGUUUAUAUCUAGAGAACGUAUGGUUGUGGGUUGCGGACCACGAUGUCGACGAUGCAUCCCUGACACAGAUCAAGGUAUAUGCCGGUCGUGGCCUACUAGUCGAGUCGACUGUCGGGACGCUCUGGCUCGUCGGGACCAGCGUCGAACAUCAUGUCCGGUACCAGUACCAAUUCAGCAAGACGCAAAAUAUCUUCGCCGGUCAAAUCCAAACGGAGACACCAUACCAUCAACCCAACCCAGGAGCGCGGCAGCCGUUCCCCUUGAAUACGACUAUUGAUGACCCGAACUUCGACAUAUUGUGCCCCCAGAGCUCGGCUCCGAGUACUUGCGCCGAGGCGUGGGGUCUCAGGGUUAGCGGAAGCAAGAGCGUGCUUGUUUACGGCGCAGGAUUGUACUCUUUCUUCAACAACUUCAGCACAUCCUGUUCCGACAAAAGCGCGAGCUCGCUUUGCCAGACGGGUAUCGCGCAGUACGACGCCGCCAACACGACAGGAUUCUGGAUCUACGGGCUCAAUACCGUGGGCGCCUACGGUAUGGUUUACAGGGACACUACGAAGCUAGCGGAUUACUCGCAGAACGUCAAUGUAUUCCCGAGUUCGGUUAUUGCGUUUAGUAGUAGCUAA